AUGGCAACUAUAGCAGUUGACAUGAUGCUUCGCUGUGCUACUGAUUGUAGCUUAUCCCUAAACGAUUUCGAUAAAGAGCGCCGGCCGUACCACAAGAACUGUGGCUGUGCGUUGCAUAAUUUGAAAGGAGUUUGCUCCAAUGCUUGUUCCAAACGAAACUCUAUAUCCUUCUCUGAGAAAAAGUCAUGGCCUCAUUGUUCAUUGUCAACAAACAUGGUCGUCGCUUCAACUUCAUCAGUUUCCAGCAACUUCUCAUCACAAACUUCUCAUUCUACUGACAGUACUGCUCUAUCGUCAACAUUUAGAAUCAGAGAUGAUGCCAUUGCCAAUGGGGGCUUGUCAUCAACAAAUAGAAGUGGCCGAUCGAAUUAG